AUGGCAGCAGCCACGGCGGGCGGCAGCCGGAGGCAGCGGCGCAGCAGCCGGCGCCCCGGGCAGAGCUGCGGCAGCCUGGACGCAGCCCCCCAGGGCCUCUCUGCCUUGGGCUACUUCCAGACACUGCCACUAGAGAUCUUUCAGAUGGUGCUGAAUUACCUCUCAGUGAGGGACAUCAGCAUGCUGAGCAUGGUGUCGAAAAGCAUCAGCGGCCACCUCGUUAAUUACAUCUCCAGCUCCUCGGGAAACAGAAGGCUUUUGCUGCAAGACUUCCACAGCCCUCAGCCCCCCACCAAGAGAGGAGGAUCCCCCAUCGUGGAGCACUACAGAUCUCUAGGGCUGCUGCUGAAGCGCUGCACCCUGCUGCUGCCCACCAGGGACAGGCUGAAGUUCAUACACAGGACCCUCUCAGAGGUCUCCUGUUUCAAGCUCAGUGGCUGCCCAAGCCCUCUGCAGUGCCUGGGGCUGCAGUGCUAUGGGGUGUUCCUGCAGACCCUAACAGCAGGCUGGGAUGAGCUGGAGUGCCACAGGGUCUUCAACUUCCUCUGUGAGCUCAGCAACCUACCCAGGAAGGUCCAGGCAGUAGUCAGCAGCAAACCAGGCAGUGCCAGGAAGCUGGAGCUGAGGGUCAGGCUGUACUGCAGGAGGGCCCUGCUGAACCACUGGAGGCACAGAAGUGACUCUGCCCUCUGGCUGACUCUGCUCCUCAAGCCAUGGCCUAUUGUCAACCAGGCUCGGCUGCUCUACCUCCUCUUUGGGCCAGUGUCCUCCCUGGAUGGGCACGUGGUGUGGCAGAAAAUGAGCGAGGGGCCGGCGGACGAGAGCAGCCUGAAGGGGCUGGCGGGGGCCAUCGAGCUGCUGCACCACGCAGAGCCCAGCGAGUGGACUGCAGACGACGUCGUCAGCCUGCUGGACGAGCUCUCAGCGGCUCCUCGCCGGUGGCUGCUGGAGAACAAGGCUCGGCUGCUCCUCCUCGCUGGCAACAGCCUCUGCUUCACCUUCCUGGCCAGCAGGGCUGUCAGUGGCAGAGCUGUGGAGCUGGCCAGGCUGAUGGUCUUCCUCACCCUGGUCUGUGAGAAGGAUCUCUACUGCAUGGACUGGGCUGUCAAGAUGAUGCAGAAGGUCUGCAAGGUCUUUGCCACUGCAGGGGAGAGGAACAACUUCCUGCAGUGUGUGGAGAAUGCCUUUGCCCACAUGGCCAUGGACAUGCUGCAGGCAGUGCUGGCAGGAGAUGGGGAGGGAGAGGACAGCAGCUUCUUCAACCUCUUCCACCUCAUGAAUGCCCAAGCAAGCUUCCACAAGGAGAUCCUCUACCUGACCAUGGGGGGCACCCCCACCCCCCCCAGCUCCACAACCAGGGCCUCAAUGUCAUCGACCUGCCACCGGCUGGCAUCUCUCCGACCCUCCUGCGGGGCCAGGCUGCGUCUGCAGGCACCGCCCUGA